GUCAAGACUUCUCGAGUUGCACAUGCAAUCGCUCUGGUCAAGAUGCCGGCGACAACAGCGACUUCUGGAGAAGCGAACCCGUUUCUGAAACAAUUGGCCUCAAGCAAUCGCAAAACCCGAGAUCAAGCACUCGAAUCCUUACGAACCUAUCUUCAACGUCCAGCAGCCUUUGACGAGCUCGACUUUCUCAAACUAUGGAAGGGCCUCUUCUUCUGCAUGUGGAUGUCGGACAAGCCGCUCACCCAGCAGCGACUGGCGCGUGAUCUCGCCGAUCUCGUGCACGUGGUGAAGAGCAAGGAAAACUUCCUGGGCUUCGUCCAGGCCUUUUGGUUGACGAUGGCGCGGGAGUGGGGCGGCAUUGAUGCUCUGAGAAUGGACAAGUUCCUCUACCUGGUGCGAUGCUAUCUCAACCGCGGCUUUGAGCGCGUGAGUCGUCGAGGCUGGUCGGACGAUGCGCUCUGCGACCAAUAUCUGCACAUCCUGGAACUCGUGCCGUUGAACACCGACGAUCCCAAGGUUCCGCACGGCCUGCGAUUCCAUGUCAUCGACAUCUACGUGGAUGAGCUUGACAAGGUGGACACGAAGCGUGAUGUGCCGUUAGAAAAAGUUAUAUCACCAAUGGAGAAGCUGAGCAAGUCCUCCUUGAGCAAGGCAGUGAGGCAGCGGGCACAAGCAGCCUUGGAAGACGAGCGGUUGCACGACUGGAGAAAUGUCCAUCAGGAGCUUGAUCAAUCCGACGAUGGGGAUGUCGUCGGUGACGGGCAUCAAGAACAUCAAAGGCAAGCUCGCGGCUCAGCAGCUGGGGAAGAGGAUGAAUUUGGCGGUUUCGAUGAUUGAUGAUGAUAUCCUGCAGCUCUUCCUGUGGUUUAGCGAAGGCGUUUGGGUCUAGAUGUCGUGCAAAUACCCAAUGAAGUCGAUUUCAAGAGCA